GCGUUUUUUUCGCUUCUCUCAUUUUGCCUUUCAAUUACAGAGAGUUCUCUUCUAUAUUUCUCUCUCUCUUUUAUCUCUUCGUGCGGCGCAAAAUCCUCGCCGCACGUUUCUGCACGCUUCACUGAGCCGCGCGCUCCAGUUCUGUACCGCCAGCAAAAUUGCUUUUUUGCAAAUUGUUACUUUGCCAGCUUGCAUUUCUUCACCUUUCUGAGUUAACGUGAGCUAGAGCUGUGUCAUAUUGCGAAUUUUGCGUCAUUAUUAUAUUCAUCGCUGUAAUUUCGAUCAAGCUGCGUGUGUUGUUGUUCAAGAUGUCGAGAGAUAGAUCCAAAGUGUGGGAAUACUUUACUGCCGGAAGUGAAAAUGUUUCCUGUAAAAUAUGCAAAGCGAUAAUAAAGCAAGGAUCCGAUGAAUCAAAAAAGAAAAAUACAAGUAACUUAUGGAGCCACCUCAAACACCAUCACCGAAACAUCCAUGAUGAACUGCAGGUAACCAACAGGCCAACGGCUGGCAUCAAACGUUCCAGAACAGAUCAGCCCACAUUGCGGGAUCUUUUCGAUUCUGUCAAAAAGUGGGGCGGUGCAGAGGACAAGAGCAAAGUCAUGGAUAAGCUUAUCAUUGAGAUGAUUGCCACCGACAAUCAACCCUUCACAAUAGUAAGCGACAUCGGUUUCCAGAGGUUGCUCAAUGUUGCAGAACCUAGGUACAAAUUAAAAACUGAAAAGUUCUACAGAACUGAAAGCCUACCGGAAAUUCACCAGAAAGUGGUGGCAAAAAUGAAGCUAAUGCUCACACAUGACGAAGCUGGCAACAUAUCUUUCACAACAGAUUGUUGGUCAGGUACAACUGAGUCUUUAAUGAGCCUCACAGCACAUUAUAUUGACAAGAACUGGGAGAGGAAGCAAGUACUGUUGAAUGUGAAGGCAAUGCAAGGCUCACAUACGGGGGAAUAUAUCGCAGAGACCUUUGACGAAAUGCUUAACGACUGGGGAAUUCAAAAAGAUCGGGUAUUUCUUGUUCUUAGGGACGGAGGUGCAAACAUAGUCAAAGGCAUGCGACUUGCAGAAGUAGACCACCUGAGUUGUUUUGCUCACAGUUUGCAGCUGGUGAUUAAUAAUGGAAUUGAUUCCCAGAGAGCAGUCAAAAAUGCUUUAACAAAGUUUAGAAAUAUUGCAACUCAUUUUCGACACUCGGUGAUAGCAAAACAACACCUCAAGGAGAUACAAAAGUCUCUUGACUUACCAGACCACUCAAUUUUGCAGUCCGUCCCAACACGUUGGAAUUCGAAUGUACAUAUGCUAGUGAGAAUGUUGGAGCAGAAGCAUGCACUUAUAUUUUAUGCUUCCAAGUAUGGCCACAUAUCAAUGCCCGACGCCAAUGAUUGGGAGAUAGGAGAGAAAUUAAUUGCAACAUUGAAGCCUUUUGAUGACAUUACACUUGAAGUCAGCAAGGCAACUGCGAGUAUCUCCAUUAUCAUCCCAAGUGUAAAUGUCUUGAAGAUGCUACUAGAGUCUGUGGGCCCUUCGACACGUGGCAUACAAACAAUGCGGACAGAAUUGUUAGAUGGCCUGAAUCGGAGAUUUAGUUCACUCUAUGAGUGCAGACAAGUGGUAAUAGCAUGUCUUUUGGAUCCGCGGUACAAAGACAGGCCCUUCACUGACGUUUCAGCAAAGAGUAGAGCAAAAGACUGGCUACAAGAGGAGAUGAGCAGUUAUGAACUUGGUGCUGAUAACCGAGGGAUGGAAAUACCUGAUGCUUCGAAUCAACCAAGCUGCAGUACCAGCACAGUGGACAUCAUGUAUGCAACGUUGCUCAGGAAUGAAGAGUCGGCCUCCACGAGUGAAUAUAGUCAGCUGGAUCAAUAUAUUUGUGAGCCGGUGGUAAGCCGAAACGUUGACCCUCUUGAAUGGUGGCGGCAAAACAAAAUCAGAUUCCCCAUUCUUGCCAGUGUUGUUCGAAAAUAUCUUGCGUCCCCACCUACUACUGUACCAAGCGAAAGAGUUUUCAGCACAGUUGGGAACAUCUACAGUGAUAGGCGAUGUUCGCUGCAUGGCGAGAAUGCAGAAAAGCUCUGCUUUUUGAACUACAAUUUAAGACUUUUGGGAUGGAAAUACUAAUUUUCUGAUGUGACUGUUUUGGAUUUCAAUUUCCCACAUUUCUAAUAUAUUUCUUUCAUCAGUAGUGACUACAUCAUAUUUUUAGUUCCAGACUGCAUCAUUUCUUUGACACUGUUGUUUCUUUUCUAAACCUUUCUUCACUGUUCUCAUUAAUUAUCAGCUGUGAAAACUUUUUAGUACUUAUUUUGAGUAUUUUUUAUAGUAUGCCGUAAGCACUGUGUAGGUUACUUACUGUGUUAUCCAUAGUUCUGAGAAUAUCAAAAUGGACUUCUACAAGCUUUUUACUGACUGCCUUUUUUCUUUCGUGCUAGGUUUUUUCAAACAUUGCCUUCUGUUUUGUGCAUUAAUGUGUGUUCCUAUUAAUUGCUGUGAAACUUUUAUCAAUGCUGCAAGCACUGUGUAGGACUGCU